AUGGCAGAGAUAAGCGACCACAAUAUCAGCCCAGUGGUGGAUAUUUCUGCAGCCGGUGAUAUCAUUCUAGUCGUUGGACCCGAAAAGUUGACAUUGCGUGUCGAGUCUCUGAUUCUGAAGGCGGCCUCGAAACCGUUCUCUGUCAUGUUGGGGCCAAAUUGGAAAGAAGGCCGUCAUAUGCUUGCCGAUAUCCCAGUGGAGAUAUUACUACCUGAAGACGAUCCAGUUGCAAUGAAGUAUAUCUGUGCUAUUACCCAUCACCAGAACAAAAUGGUGCCUAAAUCCAUGGCCGUGCACGAUAUUCUUGGGGUUGCCAUCACGGCGGAUAAGUACGAUCUUACUGAUACUCUGACAUUCGCAAGCGGGACUUGGCUUCAACCUCACAACAAAAAACCCGUUGAACUGAUGGUCCUUGCGGCUGCAGCAUUCUUAUUUCAAGAUGUGCAAGCAUUUAAGGCGAUUACCAAAGCACUAGUGCUCAACUAUCAUGGUUCCUAUCUUACUCUUUUGAGCGAAGGCGUUGAGUCCGCGAUGAGCUGGAGAGUACUCUGUAAGCAUCUUCGACUAAGAUAG